UUCCCAUUUUCAACGUAAACCACGCAAACCUGCUCUCGCCUUCCAGACUCACUACACUUUUCAAAUCUCUAUGGGCGGAAUGGCUUCGAAUCUCUUUCUCGCUGCCGUGGUCCUCUUAUCAUUUGGCGUCGCUGCUAGUGCCGAUGAACGCUGCACCCCAGCACAGCUCAAAAAGUGCGAUUUCAUCGUGAAGGGCAGUGCGGGCGCCGUCCCCACAGUGAAAGUCGAGGCCGUGAGCGGCAAUCGAAUCCUCUCUAGCGCGCCCAUAGUGCACAAGAGCGGCCAGGCGGUGAUGGGUGCUUACUCUUCGUUCUGCACAUUCCUGAACGAGAAGAAGCCGACGGGCGCAUGCGGCAACUACUUUUUCUUCAUGAGUGGCAACAACCAGUGGAGCAAGCCGAACCUCCUCGGUAGCCGCAUGAUCCCCAAGGAACUCGCGUCCGGCUUUAAGAACAAGUGCGUGCAAGUGAGGAUCGACGGCGUGCAGCUGAGCCAGACAGGCUGGCUCAACAACGGCGACGGCAAAAAGGGUUUCCCACAGGCGCGCCGCUGCGUCAUCUUCAACACAGCAUAGCGCGAACAAACCGUGGAAUGCUCAUUAUGCGUCUUCCUUAUGCGGUUCUUCAAGAUUGAGUUCCUCAGAAAAAAUGCAGUCGGCUCACGUAAUCCUCUUUAGGUUCUCAUGGCGCUAUAUCCCCAAAUACAAGACUAUGUAGCAUAGGGCUUUGAUUAUUAGCUCUUUGUUCACCAUCAUGCAAGUUAAUGGGAUUAUGAUCAUAGAUGGCGAUCUAGAAACCGAUCAAAAAGACCAAAACGUCGUAGGAAAGUCGUUGAAAAUGAAAGAAGUGUAGAUAC